AGAGAGAGAGAGAGAGAGAGAGAGAGCAUGAAAUGAAUGACAGACACAAAAUUAAGAUUGAGGAAGAUGUUACAAUUGAAAGGAAGUAGCUUAUUCUUGCUUGUACACAAACGUGUGCAUAUAUAUUGUUUCUGUAAGAGAUGUCGCUAAACAAUUGAAAUGGUCAAAAACAAAAACACUGAAUAACUUUGUAGGUGUUGCUUAAUAAUACCACUUAAUCUUCGCGAGUUUCCAGCUGUAAUCUAACUUUUCUGAAUGUAUCGACAUGCUUUGGUUUAUGGAAGGAAUGUGCUUUUGGCCAUCAUUUUUGGUCAUUUCGUCCUCAAGCACUUUUAUCGUUUCAUAUGUAAUAGCAUUGUUUAAACGAGAUAUUGAUGUUAUAUUUCCAUACAUUAGUGACACUGGAGCCAACCCACCGGAGAGCUGCAUUUUUGGCUUGAUGACAGCAAUCACUUCAUUUACAGGUAUGGUCACCAUGUAUGCCAGGUACAAGUUUGUGGAGAAACUAAGUGAGAGGGAAGAUGUUGUGCCCCCAUGUCUGAAUAAGACUGCUUUCUGGAUAGGAAUGCUGUCUUGUCUGGGGAUGAGUUGUGUUGCCACUUUUCAGGAAACCACGGUAACGGCAGUUCAUGAUGCAGGAGCUCUGCUAUUCUUUGUGUGUGGUGUGGUUUACACCAUACUACAGUCUGUUAUUUCAUAUUGUGCUCACCCCUUUGGAUGCUCCACAACCCUGUUCUACACACGUGUGGCUAUUGCCACCAUUGCAUUCCUGGCGGCUUUCCCCACAAUAAUUUGCGCUGGUUUUGUGACACAAACCAGUCUGCACAGAAACACAGGGGACAAGGACUUUGUUUUCCAUCUUGUGAGUGCGGUGUGUGAGUGGAUUGUGGCCUUCAGUUUUGUCUUCUUCUUCUUCACAUACAUUCAGGAUUUCAAAAUGUUUACAUUAAAAAUUAGGACAGAGUUUGUGGAAUAUUCAUAUUAAUCAUUUGAACUGACAACUUUUUCACAUCACAUUUUAAUCAAAAGUUACUGUAUUUUAUUACAAAAUGUAUUUUACUAAUCCAUGAAUCCAUGUGCAUAUUGCCUUGAAACUGAUAAACAUUCUGAGAUUGGCACAUUACUGUAAUACUGUAUGACUGACAAUUCCUGAUGCGCUAAGGCAUGGUCAGCAAUCAAAACUGACCAGAGCUUACUCUUACUGUGAUACAUGAACCGCUUAGUGAUCGAAAUGAUAUUUUAUUGUUUGUAGUAAAGUAGAACUUCAAGCUGUCUGACACAGCCCACUUCCUCUUACUUACAGCCAAGUUAAUGAUAAGGCAAACACAUGAUCAAUGUGGCAAGUAAGGGUAGGUCAGUUUUGUGGAAGGUAAUCACAAGAUCAAGUGGACUUGUGAACACUGACCACACUGUACUGUUCAGCUACAGCCAAUAAUAAAAUUGAAAAGAAAAUGGACAUCAUUGUAUUUCCUAAUUUGGUGCUACAGUACUUGCUGAAACUUGAAGUUAUGAGUUUACGUAUAAAAUGAAAAAAUUAAAUGCACUCCAGUCUAAAAUGUGUUAAUAUU